AUAACACCAUGUUAUGUUCUACUUUGAAAACAAUCAAUUACACGUUAAACUGAUAACUGCUGCAAUUUUCACAAUUACAAAGGUUAUUUCGUCAUACUUGUCAAAUUGCGUGAAUCAUUGUCCAUAGAAGGACAAACGAGAUUUGAAAUAAAUACACAAAUAAUUCAUCGUUUUAAUUUGUGUGAAGUGGAUUUUCAAUAGAUUAAUCAAGAUAUGGAAAAAAUGUCCGAAAUGGGAAACGCAAACGGUUCAAUUCGCGAUUCAGAAUGGUCCAAAACGUAUUCCAACAUAGAAUCCAGACAUAAUGAAGCGUAUAAAAUUAUAGAGGAAGCUAUAUCUUUAGAGGAACAGGAAAAACCAGAGGAGGCAUUAGAGAAAUAUAAAAGAGGUUUAGGGAUAAUAGACGACACAUUGACCUUACAAGUUUCAUGUCCAGACAAUCCAGACACAACAUGGGAGAGAGCAAGACUAAUGAUACAGAAAAUGAAGAAAACAAAGACCGAAGUUUCACUGAGGAUCGACUCUUUACAAUCAAGCCUACCUGAAAUUAUUGAAAUUGAAUCUCCACCUUCUUAUCAGCAAGCCACUUCAACAGAUGCAUCUUCUGUGGAUGGCAAUGUAAACUCGAUAUCUAAGUCUUACGCCGAUCUUGCUGCGGAAUUGGAGGAAUUCAAUAAAGAAUCGGAGGUGAAUUUUUAUUCGGAGGUUAUAUACACUCAGGAAGGCGUUAAAUUGUAUUUUAUUUCUGGGAGUGCUGUUGUUUCCUCCUAUUCUGAGCCUGAUACACUGACUGUGGCCAUAACCAAAGGUGAAAACUCUCAACCUAAGGGAAUUUUACAAGUGGGAAAUUGGAUUUUUCCCUUAGUGUCUGGGGCAUCCCCCUACUUCAAAACAGACUAUAGGGGGUAUGUUUUUCCUGAUAUUUAUUCAGAUGAUGAAGAUGCAUCAGUGGCGAUUGUUCUUCCCCCGGAAGCAGACGACACUUUAGAGAAUAUUCUGUUGGAAAUAGUUGGGAAACAGUCAGACAGUACCUUGCAACCACAAAGACAAACGGAUGAAGGACAGAUAGAUAUAAGCGAUAAAAUAUCCAAUGGAAUCCUCAACGGUGCCUGGUAUUUAUCAUGGGGCAUCAUAAAAGGGGCGGAAAAAUUGGGGGAAGUGAUGAACUACGGUACGCCGAAAUUGAUCGAUAGACUGGCCCCACAUCACGAGCCCACCGACGUGGACAGCAAACUGAUCAAAGGGAUGCAGAUAGCGGAGUGCACCACCAAAAAAGUGGCCAGGGUUACCGGUUACGCUUCUCAACAGAUCGGCUCGGCUAUGGUGAGAUUGGGGGGUUACUUGGCGCCCCAUAUCCAAAAACAGGGAACGAGUUUGUUGUCCUCCGGUUUCGACAUUCCGGAAGAAGAGGCUUCGAGGAGAAUGAGUAAAGUUUUAACGGUUGCAGCUAGCGCAGUUGAAGGCUUUUCGACGAUUUAUAACGGACUGGAAACGUCUGCCGGUAUACUGGGUGAAAGUUUGAAGAACAACAGCGUUAAAAUCAUAGCUCACAAGUACGGAACGAUGGCAAGCGAAGUGGCUGAAGACACGAUGAACACCGCUGGUAACGUUUACAAAAUCAGUCAACAUGCUACGAUGAUUACACCGAGGGGAUUCGUGAAAAAAGCCGCUAAGGGGGCCGGGAAGGGGAUAGUCUGCGAAUUAGGUUCAAAACCUUCGACAUCCGAGGAGAAAACACUGGGUUUAUAAAUUCCGUUCAUGUUUAUUUCAAUUUGAUGUUUAAAGCUGAUUUCUUACCUUACAGGACUCCUACGAUUUUCUCCUCUUGUAUUACAAAGAAUUAAAAUCUGUUCUUUCAUUCUUCUGUAUUCUCACGUUAUCGGUGAAUAAUUAUCAAGAAUUUUCUGUUUGAAGCUUCCAGACUCCCGAAUUAUCAGUAGGUUCUUUGAAAAUACAAAAUGUCAUCAAGUAGGAUUUUUAAAACUGUAAUUUCUUGGGGGAUAGGUUCUAAACCCACCGAAAAAUAAGUACGAAAUGAAACUCUUCUUCCUGAAAGUAUCACAAAAAAAAUUCUAUUCAAUGUUUAUCAAUUGCGUUAUGAUUAUGUAAGAUUUAGAAUCUGAAUGAGAAAAAAUAUUGGAAAAUCAGGGUGGUGUAAUUUUUUUUUUAAGUGAUUGUUGUACGAAAAUUGAUGUUUUAUAUUUUGUUUAUGUAUACUGUUUAUACUGUGGAAUUUGACCAAUUUAUACAACUUGUUCAGUUCCUA